GCCAAUUGCCAGAAACCUUAUCCACAAAAUCAAUGGAUCACCAAUUCUCCUUGUGCCUUUGCCAGUACCAUGCCUCCAAUCACUCCCACAAUCCUAUUCUUCUUGCAAAAUACAGUAAAACUUACUGUUCCUUGAAGAUCAACAAUUCAGAGAAUGGCAGCAUCAUCCUCUUACAUGGCAUCCACAAAAUUCUCCAUGUUAGGCUGGCUCGGGCAAAGCAAAAAAUUCGGCCAAAGCAGCAGCAGCAGCAGCAGCCCGUUCACCAUUUCGGCUCAGCAGCAAGCGCAAGUCCAAGAGCAGGAAGACCCUCGAGAAGCAGCAGCCUCCUCCCCGGGACAGGAGAAGGCCACGCGGCCGGAAGCGACGAGGCUGAGGCCGGUCGAGCCGCAAGUGAACGUCAAGAGCAAGAACAUGAGCCGCGAGUACGGGGGCCAGUGGCUGAGCAGCACGACGCGGCACGUGCGGAUCUACGCCGCGUACAUCGACCCGGUCACCUGCGAGUUCGACCAGAGCCAGAUGGACAAGCUCACCCUCAUCCUGGACCCGACCAAUGAGUUCGUGUGGACCCCGGAGACGUGCAACAUGGUCUACUCCUACUUCCAGGAGCUCGUUGAUCACUACGAGGGCGCGCCGCUGACGGAGUACACGCUUCGGCUGAUCGGGUCGGACAUAGAGCACUACAUAAGGAAGCUGCUGUACGACGGGGAGAUCAAGUACAACAUGAACGCCAGAGUGCUCAAUUUCAGCAUGGGAAAGCCCAGGAUUCUGUUCAACAAUAACAACCUUGACGGCCAAAUUCCUGAUGCACAAUGAGAACCAGAAACAAACACGCACACACACUUGUACCGAAGUUGCCUUUCCUCAAAUCUCCAACGAAACUUAGAUACUUUGUAAGAAAUUAGACGUUUCAUCCGAGCAAACGAUGAGGUUUGUAUCUGGAGUUUUCCCUCUUUCUCGGCUAUUAAAAAGCUACUGUGAAUCGAUCUCUAAAUUACAUAUUGUCGGGAUUUCAAAUCGAAUCCAUGAAUUACCAUCACUUUGGAUCAACGAGCCCUUGAACUCUUUUUGAAGAAAAUCCAAUAUCGUCCGUCC